AUGACUUCUUCAACCGCUUCCGAUGCCGCUGCGGCGGCUGCGAGUUUCGCCGGCCACCGCGGCACCAGUAUGUCUAAUACUGUCCAUUCCGAAGUCGCGUCUUGCUUGCCGUUACCUUCGCUUCCGGUUUUCUGUGGAGCUUCCGAUCAAGACCUACGACUCUUCGAUUCACCGAUGCAGUUGAACCGCGACGAUAUCCUCUUCAAGUCCAGUAAGAUCGCCGAGAUGCUCCGGCACACUGAUGUGUCGUACUUGAAUUUAAGAGAUGAUGCCAAGGUUGUUCAGUAUAACUACGUUGAACCUUUAGAACUCCAUGAUGAAGUUCUCAGGUGCAAUCCCGAAGCAUUUGAAUGUGGUACUGCAGGUCCUGUCAAGGAGAAGAUCUCUGGUAGUGCAUUACCUGAAAAGAAGCUCUUGGAAUCUAGUUUUUCUGUCCCAAGUCAGACUCAAAAUGACUAUGAUUCAACCCAUAGCCGCUUGCUUGAUAAUUUUUCUACAAAUGACAUUUCUACAUUGUCUUCUAAGAAAUCAAAAGUUAAGAAGAAAGGCGACAAUGAAAUAUCUAUUGCACCUGACUCUGCUGUGCCCCAAGAUGUCAUCAUCGGAAGGUUUCGCGAGUUUUUGGAAGACUUAUGUAGCAAGGCUGAAUUGAAUAGUGAUGAUUUAGAUGAAGCAGUAGAAUGGCUGCCAUUGCCUCUUUCAGAUCUUAGAUUGCUUGUUAAUGAAAUCAUGUCUAUACGUGAGAAGAAUCUUCUGCAUUUGGUCCCUGUAGAAUUCCUUGUUAGACUGCUAAAGGUUUUAGAUCAUCAGAUACAUAGAGCUGAAGGCCUGUCAAUUGAGGAUUCUGACAAUUCCAAUUCAGAACUAGUUUCGUCUCUUUUAGUUGCGUUGGAAUCCAUUCAUGCUGCACUGGCGGUGAUGGCUCAUACUGACAUGCCAAAGCAAAUUUAUAAAGAAGAGGUCAUUGAGAGAAUUUUGGAGUUUUCCCGGCAUCAGAUUAUGGAUGUGAUGUGUGCAUGUGAUCCAUCAUACCGUGCGUUAUACAGACCUAGUGAAAACACUGCACUUGAAGUUGAUGAUGAAGAUGAUGAUGCUGAUUUUGGUUCAGCAAGCAAAAAACGACGGACUAGCAGCAAGACUGUAAAGCUGAAGAAACCAUCAUCAAGCAGGUUCUCUAGUACUGUGAAUGUUAUUCUUCAGAAGUUGUGUUCUGUUCUUGGACUACUCAAGGAUUUGUUGUUAAUAGAGAGGCUGUCAGAUAGUUGCAUUUUACAACUUGUAAAAACAAGCAUUACAACAUUCUUGGUUGAUAACAUCCAGCUCUUGCAAUUGAAGGCAAUUGGUUUGCUCAGUGCGAUAUUCUAUUUAUACACACAACAUCGCACUUAUGUGUUAGAUGAAAUGCUUCACCUUCUUUGGAAAUUACCACAUUCAAAACGAGCUUUAAGGAAUUAUCACAUACGCGAAGAAGAGCAAAGACAGAUCCAGAUGAUUACUGCUUUACUUAUCCAAUUAAUUCAUUGUAGUGCUAACCUUCCUGAUUCUUUAAGACAAGCAUCGAGUAGUAAUUCUGUAUUGGAAAUCCCGGUUGAUGCUAGUUAUCAAGCUAAAUGCCGCGAUGCAGUAACAGAAGCCUGCUCCUAUUUUUGGACCCGUGUACUUCAGCGACUUGCAAGUGUAAAGACUCAGGAUGCUUCUGAAUUGAAAUCCACAAUGGAGAAUCUUGUUACUGAUUUAUUGACCACUCUAAAUUUACCUGAAUAUCCUGCUUCAGCUUCUAUUCUAGAGGUUCUAUGUGCCAUACUAAUUCAGAAUGCUGGGACAAGUUCCAAGGAUUUCGCUUCACGUUCCAUGGCAAUUGAUAUUCUUGGCACUAUUGCGGCAAGGUUGAAGCAUGAUGCUGUGAUUUGUAGCCAGGAAAAGUUUUGGGUACUUCAAGAUUUACUUAGUAAGGAUGCUGCUCCUCAGAAUUAUCCGAAAGAUACAUGUUGUGCCUGUUUGGGUGGAAGGGCUGAAAAUUUGUUCCCAUGUUCCGGCUGCAGUAGGCUUUUUCAUGCUGAAUGCCUGGACAUUGAAGAAGAUGAAGUUCUCAAUCAGAACUGGUACUGUCACAUGUGCAUCUGCUCAAAGCAACUGCUUGUACUGCAAUCAUAUUGCAAUUCCCAGCGCAAGGAUGAUGUAAAGAAGAAUCGUAAAGUUUCAAAGGAUGAUUCUACAUUUUCUAACCUUGAAAUUGUUCAACAAUUGCUUUUGAAUUACCUUCAAGAUGCCACCUCUGCUGAUGACCUGCAUCUUUUCAUUGGCUGGUUCUAUCUUGGUUCAUGGUAUAAAAAUGAUCCAAAAUGUCAGCAGAAGCCCAUUUACUACUUUGCUAGGAUGAAAUCAAGAACCAUAAUACGUGAUUCUGCUACUGCUUCUUCUAUGCUGGCGCGAGAUUCAAUCAAGAAGAUUGCUCUAGCUUUAGGCCAAAGAAGUUCAUUUUGUCGAGGGUUUGAUAAGAUUUUUCACACGCUUUUGGUAAGUAUGAAGGAGAACACUCCAAUUAUUAGGGCUAAAGCUUUACGAGCAGUUAGUAUCAUUGUAGAGGCUGAUCCAGAGGUAUUGGGUGAUAAACUAGUACAGUUAUCCGUUGAAGGUAGGUUCUGUGACACUGCAAUAUCUGUUAGAGAAGCAGCAUUGGAACUUGUUGGUAGACAUAUUGCUUCCCAUCCUGAUGUGGGUUUUAAGUAUUUUGAGAAGAUUGCAGAGAGAAUCAAAGAUACUGGACUGAGUGUUCGAAAGCGAGCUAUAAAAAUUAUUCGAGAUAUGUGCAGCUCUAGUGCCAACUUCUCGGGGUUUACAAGAGCCUGCACAGAGAUAAUUUCACGUGUUAUUGAUGACGAGUCGAGUAUCCAGGAUCUUGUUUGUAAAACAUUUCAUGAGUUCUGGUUUGAGGAGCCUUCUGCUUCACAAACUCAGGUCUUUGAAGAUGGUAGUACUGUUCCACUCGAGGUGGCUAAGAAAACAGAGCAAAUCGUUGAAAUGCUGAAGAGAUUGCCAAAUAAUCAGCUUCUUGUAACUGUAAUAAAGCGCAACUUGACUCUUGAUUUUUUACCGCAAUCUGCAAAAGCAAUUGGAGUCAACCCGGUGUCCCUUGGAACAGUGCAUAAGCGUUGCGAGUUGAUGUGCAAAUGCUUGCUGGAGAAGAUUUUGCAGGUUGACGAAAUGAACAGUAAUGAAAUGGAAAAGCAUGCACUACCAUAUGUGCUAGUCUUGCAUGCAUUUUGUCUUGUUGACCCAACUCUCUGUGCACCAGCUUCUAACCCUUCCCAGUAUGUCAUUACUUUGCAGCCAUAUCUGAAGACUCAGGUUGACAAUAGCAUGGUCGCACAGUUACUCGAGAGUAUAAUAUUUAUAAUUGAUGCUGUGUUGCCAUUGCUGCAUAAGUUACCUCUCAGUAUUGUGGAUGAACUUGAGCAAGAUUUAAAACAGAUGAUUCUCCGACGUUCUUUCUUGACAGUUGUCCAUGCUUGUAUCAAAUGCCUCUGCUGUGUGAGUAAGAUGGCUGGAAAGGGGGCAGAUGUAGUUGAGCAUCUUAUUCAGGUCUUCUUCAAAUGUUUGGAUACCCAGGCAAUUGUAAACAAACAGCAAGUUGGGCGAUCUCUCUUCUGUAUCGGUUUACUUAUUCGUUAUGGCAACUGUUUGCUAGCAAGCUCUGGUAAUAAACUUGUUGAUGUCAGAAGGAGCCUCAGCUUGUUUAUGAAGUAUCUUGCCGUAGAGGAUUAUUCUCUUAAGGUUAGAUCAUUGCAGGCACUAGGAUAUGUUCUAAUUGCAAGGCCUGAAUUUAUGUUAGAAAAUGACAUUGGAAGGAUACUAGAGGAAACACUGUCGUCUCAUGCUGAUGCUCGGCUUAAGAUUCAAGCAUUGCAAAACAUGUUCGAGUAUCUUCUUGAUGCUGAAAGCAAAAUGGAAACAGAAGUUGAUGAUAAUGUACCUGGUCACUCGGUCAGAGCUGGGCAUAGUGUACCUGUUGCUGCUGGGGCUGGAGAUACAAACAUAUGCGGGGGUAUUAUUCAGUUGCACUGGGACAAAAUUUUGGGUAGAUGUUUGGAUUGUGCUGAACAAGUUCGACAAUCAGCCUUGAAGAUUGUUGAAAUUGUGCUGCGCCAAGGUCUUGUUCAUCCCAUCACCGGUGUUCCAUAUCUUAUAGCACUUGAAACAGAUCCUUUAGAGUCAAAUUCAAAAUUGGCUCAUCAUCUCCUAAUGAAUAUGAAUGAAAAGUACCCUGCAUUUUUUGAAAGCCGCCUGGGUGACGGACUUCAAAUGUCUUUUAUGUUCAUGCAAGCUAUUUGUGUUAGUCCUGAUGAAAAUGUUAACCACAAGACCCCAUCUAAGAUCCCUGUUUCUGGAAAAGGGAAACCUGAGACUGACUCGAUCACUCAAUCAAGAGUUGGGGUUUCUCGAAUAUACAAGCUCAUCCGAGCGAACCGGAUAUCAAGGAAUAAGUUUAUGUCCUCAAUUGUGCGAAAAUUUGAUAAACCAAAAUGGAACAAAUUUGUAAUAGCUUUCUUAACGUACUGCACAGAGGUUCUUGCCUUGCUCCCAUUCAUUGCACCUGAUGAACCACUUUAUUUAAUCUAUGCUAUCAAUAGAGUAGUUCAGGUGAGGGCUGGUUCACUGGAGGCGAACUUCAAAGCCUGGAGUUCAAGCUUAGUACGAAGUGAGGGUGACGUUGCACCUCAUGGGAAUGGAAUGUAUCAACAGGCGCCAAAUGAACCUAUUCAUUCAACCCAAGUUAUGUCAAAGGACUUAAAUGGCACAUUUCAGCAAAAUAUAGAUGUUCAGCCCUCCCUCGAUAGCACGGCUUCUGUGGAUUUAAAUGGAACAAAUCACCAAUUGCCAGAUUGUCCUUUAUCACAUAAUGGUAGGUCAAAAGUAAAGCCUCAUGCUGCAGGUUUUGCAGAUACCUUUUCCUUCUCAAAAGAGGAUCUGGAGAAAGUUCAGGCAGACUGUUUAUCUGCGAUUGCAUUGCAACUUCUUUUAAAGCUAAAGAGACACCUAAAAAUCAUGUACAGUCUCGAUGAUGACAGAUGUCAGGCUUAUUCUCCAAGUGAACCGCCAAAACCUGGUGAGGUUUUCUCAAGACAGAGUAUUCCAUUUAAUGUUGGUGAAUCUCAGUUCAGUUUGCCUGCAAAUCCACAAGAAUUCAUUCAAAGAUAUCAGGAGUUUAAGAAUGCAUUGAAGGACGACACAAUGGAUUAUUCACUCUAUACAGCAAAUAUAAAACGGAAGCGACAAACGCCCACUCCCAGAAAAGUUCAAGUUCGGAAACCUGGACCUACGUUAGGUGGUGAUAGCGAUGAGGAAGACGAUGAGGACUGGGCUGGUGGAAUGCGCAACAUAAAUUUUAGCGGUGGUCGUCGACAAAGCCUUAGAAGCUCCAGACAAUAA